AUGGCUCUGAUGGAUGAUGACAAGCCCAACGCUCACUCUGCUCCUGUGUUGGGCGAGCACUCCCCGGCGUUACAAGUGCCCAGCAGCCAUGCUGCAACGAAUGACGACGAGAACCAACGGCAUCGCGCGCUCGAGGUUGUCUUUGACCGACUUCACCGCUUGCAGAAGAUUCUUUACUGCGGUGCAGACGCCGCGCCUAUCGAGAUCUUGGACGAGAUUUUCAGGUGUAUCAUGACAGCCGGGCCUUGCUCUCUCUCCUCGUCUCAUGUAGCGAUCAGAUUGUUGAAGACUGGAGAGAAGUCGCAGUUGCCAGCUCUGACCAAGAGUGACUCUCGCUCUGCCAUGGCUCCUGCUCCAGCUGACAUGCUGGCUCAUCGUCGUCCCAGAAUGUCCGUCGGGCAGAAGCACGUGGGUGUGCAGGUUGAGAGUUGCUUCGAUGACACUGAUCACUUCACGGAGACCAUCCAUUCGAUAGAAGUCGACGAGAACGAAGCUCCCGUGACUCAUUCCACUCCCAGGCAUCUGCUCCCUGUGUUUGCUACUGUCUCGCCUUCCAAGUCUUUUUGGAAAUUUUCGCAAGCAGCAGACAAACGCCUGAUGGAGCUGGAGGAGAGUGUUCACAUGCAUGAGAAGCAGCGCGAGCUCUACUUGCGCCGCAUUGAGGAUCUUGAGGACGAGCUGCAAGCGUACAAGAUGAGAUUCGACAAGGCUCAAAACUGGCUGACGGCAACGACGAGCAACGGGUUAUACCAGAACGUGGCAGAGGCGAAAAUCCUUCCGGUCCCUCCGCAGCGAAUUAUCCACGAAGACUCUUCUUUCACCGCCUUCUCCAACUCCAAGAAGCUCCUGAUGGGCCUGUUGGACCCCCCGGUCUCUGACGGCUCGUGGCCCGUGACUUCUGACGGGGACGUCUUGCCCGGGGCCUGGGCUGCUGAUCCAGGCACUUGA